AUGGUGCUCGAUUUAGACCAAUUUCGAACCGAUAAAGGCGGUGAUCCUGAAGUAAUCAGAGAAACUCAAAGAAAAAGGUUCAAAGAUGUGUCACUUGUGGAUAAACUAGUACACGCAGACACAGAAUGGAGAAAAUGUCGUUUCACUGCCGACAACCUCAACAAGGCAAAGAAUUUAUGCAGCAAGACAGUUGGAGAGAAAAUGAAGAAGAGGGAGCCAGUUGGGGAUGACGAGGAUUCUGUACCAGACGACGCCCAGAACUUAGAGGCCCURACGGCAGACACACUAUCGCCCCUCACGGUCACCCAGAUCAAGAAGGUCCGUCUGCUUGUAGAUGAGGCAGUGCAGAAAUCUGACAGUGAGAGGGUAAAGCUGGAGGAGGAGCGCUUUCAAUACCUGCGAGAGAUCGGGAACCUCCUGCAUCCAUCUGUGCCCAUCAGUAAUGAUGAGGAUGCUGAUAACAAAGUGGAGCGCACCUGGGGAGACUGUACUGUGCAGAAGAAGUAUUCCCACGUAGACCUGGUUGUCAUGAUCGACGGCUACGACGGAGAGAAAGGAGCUAUAGUGGCUGGGAGCCGUGGCUACUUCCUCAAAGGGCCGCUAGUUUUCCUGGAGCAGGCAUUGAUCACUUAUGCUCUGCGGAUGCUCCACAGCAAGAACUACGAAAUGCUCUACACCCCCUUCUUCAUGAGGAAAGAGGUCAUGCAGGAGGUGGCCCAGCUCAGCCAGUUUGAUGAUGAACUUUACAAGGUGAUUGGGAAGAGCAGCGAGAAAUCUGAGGACACGGCCAUAGAUGAGAAGUACCUGAUUGCCACCUCAGAGCAGCCCAUCGCAGCCUUCCUAAGGGACGAGUGGCUGAAGCCAGAGGACCUGCCAAUGCGCUACGCCGGCCUCUCCACCUGCUUCAGACAGGAAGUGGGUUCCCACGGGCGUGACACCCGAGGCAUCUUCAGGGUGCACCAGUUUGAGAAGAUAGAGCAGUUUGUUUUUGCCUCUCCUCAUGACAACAAGUCCUGGGAGAUGAUGGAUGAGAUGAUUGGGACGGCUGAAGAGUUCUACCAGACACUAGGGAUCCCCUACCGCAUCAUCAACAUAGUCUCGGGUGCUCUGAACCAUGCAGCCAGUAAGAAGCUGGACUUGGAGGCCUGGUUCCCAGGCUCCGCAGCCUUCAGAGAGCUGGUCUCCUGCUCCAACUGUUUAGACUACCAGGCCCGUCGGCUGCGUAUCCGCUACGGACAGACUAAAAAGAUGAUGGACAAGGCUGACUAUGUGCACAUGCUCAACGCAACCAUGUGUGCCACCACACGUGUAAUGUGUGCUAUCCUGGAGACGUACCAGACCGAAGAGGGUGUCGUCAUUCCAGAGGUACUCCGGAACUUCAUGCCGCCAGGUAUGACAGAGAUGCUGAAGUUUGUGAAGCCUGCGCCUAUUGACGUGGAGACGUCCAAGAAGCAGAAGAAGCAGCAGGAUGGAGGGAAGAAGAAGAAACAGGGAGGUGGAGACCAGCUCCAGAACCAAGUGGAGAACAUGUCUGUCAACGAUUCUUAAGACACCAUCAUCAUUCCUAUCCUUAAGUUCCCGUCACUUAUUAUCACAGAGCCCUGUUCUACUGUAGAACCAGAGUACUUUGGAAAAGGGAAAGGCCAUUGGCGUUGUUAGGGAAACAGCUUGGGGGUAAUGGUAAUGUUAGGUCUGCUGCAUGCAAUUGUCGUCACUAAGAUCCAAACAAAGUCUAUCAAGUCUGAACUCUGGAAUUCUGUGAAAUUUCGUUUGAAGCAACUUUGCGUGUAUAUAAGGUGCUUUAAGAAAUAAGGUUGCUUUGAUGUUCUGAACUCAAUUUUUAUUAUCUUAUUGCAUAUCACCAUAAAUCACACACGUAAUCUGGACCCAUUGUUUUCCUACAUUGUUGCUUGCCUUUAGGUCAUUUGCUUCUAAUUACGUCUGUAUGUACUAUUGUAAGACGAGGCAUUGAUAAAGUGGUGCGCUGUAACAAUACAAAAUCUGAAUGACA